CGCGUCCAUGCAGCCCCGUCGGCCCCAGCCGCCCGCGCCCCGGUCGAGGGCCCCACGUCCAGCCGCCCGGCUGCUCGCUCUGCAGGUGCUGCUUGCCCUCCAGGGCGCGGCGACGAUGCCCUCGGGGCCAGGGCAGCCCCCGGAUGCGGGGCUCUCGCGCGGGCUCCUACAGCAGGCGGCGCGCGCGGCGCUGCACUUCCUCAACUUCCGCGCCGGCUCGCCCAGCGCCCUUCGAUUGCUGGCGGCUGUGCAGCAGGGCCGCGCGCGGGUCGAUUCACAAAGGGGAUGUAAAGUUGACCUGGUGUUUAGCACAGAGCGCUACAACCAGGAGGAAGGUGAGGAGCAUUUGGGGAAAUGUUCUGCUAAUGUGUUCUUCAAGAAUCAGAAACCCAGACCAGCCAUUAAUGUCACCUGUACAAGGCUCAUGGACCAGAAGAAAAGACAACAAGAUGAUUACCUGCUUUACAAGCAAAUGAAGAAACUGAAGAAUCCCUUGGAUGCGGUCAGCAUACCUGAUAGCCAUGGAUAUAUCGAUCCCUCACUGAGACCCAUCUGGGACUUGGCUUUUCUUGGCAGCUCUUACGUGAUGUGGGAAAAGACGAGUCAGUUUUUACACUACUACUUGGUCCAGCUUAGUAGUGUGAAGCAGUGGAAAACUAAUGAUGAUGUGAUUGAUUUUGAUUAUACUGUACUACUUCACGAAUUCCCAACACAGGAAAUCAUUCCCUGUCUUAUUCACCUGGUCUGGUACCCUGGAAAACCACUUAAAGUGAAGUACCGCUGUGAAGAGCUACAGACCUCAGAAGAAGCCUCUGGAACUGCAGAAGGAUCAGCUAUGGAACUAACACAGCUUAGUAACUUCUAAAAUUAAAAAGGACCUGCUUAUACCAAAUUGCCAACCAACUGACUGUACUAACUUGUUACUCUAGUACAACAGCUAAGGUCUGGGUAUCAUAACUUAGCAGUCCUCAGCAGGUUCAAGGUUUUAGCCCUAAAAUGCAAAAUCCAUCAAUUAGUAUAUAUUGCAAAUGGAUCAAUAAUUAUUUUUCUUAAAAUAUAGUUUCAUCUCUGAAUCUGUAUUUCUUAUUGUGAACAUAGUAUUGCUAUUUUUAUGUUGCUGAAUUGCUCCUUCCUAGUAUGUCAACAAAUAUAUUUGCAAUAAAGUAAUCUGUAGGAAAAAUA